CCUGUACAAGUAGCCAGACUGACCGCCGGUUGCCCGAUCAUCCAAUGCAUUAGCAAUUUAGCAUUAAUCAUAUAUGCAGAUUUGAUCCAAUUCAUAAAUGUCAGCAACAAAGAGCACCCGAGUUUUCACAGUGGGGCUGGUGACAUCAUGGUACUCAUCAAACAUAGGUGUUCUGUUGCUGAACAAGUAUUUGCUGAGUAAUUACGGGUUCAAAUACCCGAUAUUUCUCACCAUGUGUCACAUGACAGCAUGUGCCUUGUUUAGUUACAUUGCAAUUGCGUGGCUUAAGCUGGUGCCCAUGCAGACGAUCCGGUCUCCUGUUCAGUUUGUUAAAAUAUGUGGUUUGAGUUUUAUUUUUUGUGGGUCUGUUGUGAGUGGGAAUAUCUCCCUUAGGUACUUGCCUGUGUCGUUUAAUCAGGCGGUUGGUGCUACGACCCCAUUUUUUACUGCGGUGUUCGCCUAUUUGAUGACUAGGAAGAAGGAGGCUUGGGUUACUUAUGCUACUCUUGUUCCUGUUGUUAUUGGUGUUAUCAUUGCUAGUGGGGGGGAGCCUAGUUUUCAUCUGUUCGGAUUUAUAAUGUGUGUCGGUGCUACCGCUGCUCGAGCUUUGAAAACAGUUGUUCAAGGGAUAUUGCUUUCUUCGGAAGGGGAAAAGCUGAACUCCAUGAAUCUGCUUCUUUACAUGGCUCCAAUUGCUGUUGUGCUUUUGCUUCCUACAACACUAUACAUGGAAGAGAAUGUUGUUGGCAUAACAAUAGCACUUGCUAGACAAGAUUUUGGGAUUGUUUGGUUGUUGCUUUUCAACUCUGCACUUGCCUAUUUUGUCAAUUUAACCAACUUUUUGGUCACCAAACACACCAGUGCUCUUACUCUUCAGGUGCUAGGAAACGCGAAGGGGGCGGUAGCAGUGGUUGUUUCAAUACUGAUCUUUAGAAAUCCUGUUUCUGUAACCGGGAUGGCUGGAUACACACUCACAGUGUUCGGGGUUAUUCUUUACAGCGAAGCCAAGAAGCGUAGCAACAAAUUACCGUUAUAACCUUAACUAGAACCUUAGAUGAUCUGUUUGGUCUAGAUUUGGGUUUAUAUCAUUACUGCUGAUGCUGUCAUCUUCUUCCCCGUCUUGUCCUCUAUAUUCAUUUUGAUAUCAUUCGGCUCAAAAUCUCGGAUCAGAGACCACGAAGCUUUAACCGUGUAACCGGCAUUAUGAAAGUUUCAGUCACAUGUGUUUACGGCUCAGUAAAAGAUUGUAGUAUUGACCCCUUCAAGAAACAUGUUAUUUAAACUUACAGAUUGACUUGGUUCUUGUGUACUGCAGCAUCCCUUGUGGAAAAGAUUUUUACCUUUUUACUAAUUAAUUAUUAACU